AUGAAGAAGCAAAAAGAUGAAGAGGACGAAGAAGAAGAUGAAGAAAAAGAAAAAGAAGAGACGUACUAUAAUAAGAAUUUAAAAAAUGAAUAUAAUAAAAUUAUAAAUAAAGAAGAAAAAUAUUUAAAUAAAUCUAGAAUAUCUAAUAUAUUAAAAUGUGUAAAUAGUUUUGAUAAAAACGUAUCAGUAUAUGAAUAUGAAAAUAUAUUAAAAAAAAUGUUAAUAAAAAAAAAAAAAUAUAUAAAUAUAAAAAUAAAUAAAAAUGAAAAGGAUCAACAUGAUCAACAUGAUCAAAAUGAUCAACAUGAUCAAAAUGAUCAAAAUGAUCAGAAGGAUUAUAUGUGCGAUGUUAACAAUAAUAUUAUAAUAAAUACAGAAAACAGAAAUUAUAAAAAUGACAUUAAUAAUAUGCAAGAUUAUAUAAAUAACCACUGUCUUGAUUAUAAUUAUAGUAAUUAUAGCAAAGUUAAGAAUCAUAAUUUGUUGAUUAGAAAUGAACGUACCAAGGGUUAUUCUAGUGAUAGUAAAAUAUAUUUACAAAUGAAAAAAAAAAUUAAAUAUUCCAGACAAAAGGAAAAAUAUAAAGAGCUCCCUAAAGUUAUAACAACUGUAAAAGGGAAACACACAAAUAAUAAAGUGCAUGAAGAAUAUUUAGAAGAUAUACCUUGUAAUAGGUUAUUUAAGGAUGUUAAUUAUGAAGAUGUAAGUAAUGUAGAUAAUAUGGAUAAUAAUUUACAUAUUAAUAACAUAAGUAAUAUAAAUACAUCACAGGAUAAUAAUUAUUUAGCAAAAGAAUAUAUUACAAACACAUUUAAUUGUAAAUACAACACAGAUUAUAAUAAUAAAAAGAAAAGAAAAGAAAUGUAUAAAAUUUUAUAUAAACUAAAACAUAUUAAUGAAUUUAACAACUCUGAAUCAAAUCAACAUCUGGAUUCUAUGGAUAACCAAAGUAAAAUUGUUAGCCAAGGGGAAAAAAACAAAAAGAAAAAAAAAAAAAAGAAAAAAAAAAAAAAAAAAAGUCAAAGGGAUAAAAAAAAUCAUAGGGAAAAAGAAAAUCAAAAUGAAUAUUUAAAUAAAUAUAUAUUUAUAAAUGAAAAACAAAAUAACAAUUUUAAUGAAAUACAUAAUAUGAACAUGAUGAAUUCCUUUAAAGAAAACGGUAGCAUGGAAACAACAUAUAUGAAUGAUACUAUUAUAAUUAAUGAAAAAGAAAAAUAUAUGAAUUCUUUAUUACCUUCUUCAGAUUUUAUUAUAAUUAAUCAAGAUAAAAAUAGAAAAAAAUAUAUAAGUAAUAAUCAUCAUGACCUUUCACCUCUUGAACAAUUUAAUAAACAUAAUAAAUCUUUUCUUAGAAUUAAUGAGAACAAUAUUAAGAGUAAUUUUAAACAUUUGUUAUUAUGUAAUGAUAUAUCAUAUAUUAAGAAAAGUACAAAUAAUCAUAACGUACAUAUUUACAAUAAUAAUAAUUAUUAUGUUGAGGAUGAUAUACAUAAGAAAAAAAUGGAUGAAUAUAGUAUUAACCGUAAUGUAAAGAAUGAUAACAUUAUUAUAGACACAAACAAUUUAAAGGAACAUACUAAUUUAUUAAAUCAUCAAAGUGGUCAUAUAAAUAUACAUAGUGAUAAUGUGGAUACAUUAUUCGGAGAUAUAAAAGAUGAAAGGGUAAAUAUAUCUUGUGAUGAACAUAUAGACAUUGGUAAUUUUUGUUAUUAUUCAAAGGAUAAUAUGUUAGGUUCAAACGUUACAAGUAAAAAGGAUAAUAUGAAAAAUGUGGAUGAUAUGAAAAAUGUGGAUGAUAUGAAAAAUGUGGAUAAUAUGAAAAAUGUGGAUAAAAUGAAAAAUGUGGAUGAUAUGAAAAAUGUGGAUAAAAUGAAAAAUGUGGAUAAAAUGAAAAAUGUGGAUAAAAUGAAAAAUGUGGAUAAAAUGAAUAGUGUGGAUAAAAUGAAUAGUAUAGAUAAUAUGAAUAGUAUGGAUAAUAUGAAUAAUGUGGAUAAUAUGAAUAGUAUGUAUAAUAUGAAUAGUAUGGAUAAUAUUAUUUUAUCGGAUAACAAGCAGAAGGGUAAGAGGGGACCCCAUCAAAAAGGGGACAGCACCAUGGUAACAUCCAAAAGUAUUAUUUCGAUUAAUGAUACAAAUUAUAAAUCAUUAAAAAAUGAGGAAACUAAUAAAAAAAGUAUUAUACAUAAUAAUAAUGAUAAUAAUUUAUAUGUAUGUAACGUUGAGGAUAAUAAUAUAAAUCUUAUAAAUAUUAUUAAUGAUAAAAAGGAUAAUCAUGUAAAUAAUAUAAUAAAUAAGGAUAAUAUUUACAAAAAUGUUGAAAAAAAUGAUACAUUAAGUAGUUCCUUGUCUAAUACUAUCACCUACACAAAUAAUAUAUAUGAAAAUAAUAAUAAUAAAAAAAAAAAAAAAAAAAAAAAAAAAAAAAAAAAAAAGCAAACAAAACAAGAGAUAUUAGAAAGUAAUAUAAAUAUAUAUCAUGAGGAAAAGAAAAAUAACGAUACAACAAAUGUUGAUGAUGAUAAUAAUGAUGAUAAUAAUGAUGUAAAUAAUGAUGUAAAUAAUGAUGUAAAUAAUGAUGAUGAUAAUAAUAUCCAAAAUAACAAUACCUAUAUUGUAGUUACACAAAAUGAUGAAGAAAGAAAAAAACAAAAUUAUUACCAAUUUAAUAUGUUGAAUAAUAUUUUUAAAAAUAAACUUUCUAUAAAUAAUUCAUUCUAUUGUCUAAACACAGAUUACAUAAAUAAUGAAAUCGAUUCUCAUCAAAAAAAAAAAAAUAUAUCCAUGUAUAAUAACACGACUGACGCAUAUGAAGUUAAAAAAUACGAGUCCUUCAGUGAAGAAAAUUAUAAGAUGGAAAAAAAAAAAAAUGUGUCCUAUAGAAAGUUAGAAAAAAUAAAACAUAAUAAUAAUAAUAAUAAUAAUGAUGAGAAUAUAUAUAAUUAUUAUAAUAACAAAAUUGAAAGUAAGUAUACUCCUUAUUUUGAUGAUUAUACAUCUAAUCAUUGUUUAAAUAAGUUUAAUCCAUCGAAUAAUAUAGGAGAACAUAGAAUGAUAAAUAAAAUAAAUAGAUAUACACAUAAUGAUGAUAAUACAUUACGAAGAAAUAAUUGUCAUUUUUAUGAAUUCGGUAAUAAUAUUGAUGAAUAUAGAAAUCAUAUUAUAAAAAAGAAACCUAAUAAAAGAGAAGAAGGAAUACAUAAAAAUGAUAAUAAGGAAAUAUAUACAAAUAAUACGUACCAAACAUGUUUUAAUAAUAAUAAUAAUUUUCAUUAUAGUUAUCAUAUAAAAUAUGAAUCUAAUAAGAAUAAAUUACCUUUUUAUCAUAUAAACAGAAAGAAGCAUAACCAUGUAAAUACACAUAAUUAUAUUAAUGAUUAUAAUGAUAUAAAUAAUAAUGUUGAUAUGUAUAAUAACAAUCCAUAUGCUAUAAAAGAUUCGUCUAAUAAUUAUGAUGAACAGAAAAAAUUGUUUUUUUUUAAUUAUGUUAAUUAUAUUAAUACAUUAUAUUAUUGUAACCAUAAUGAUCAUAAUAAUGAUCAUAAUGAUCAUAAUAAUGAUAAUAAUAAAAAUUACAAUUACAAUUACAAUUACAAUUAUAAUAUUAAUAAUUAUAAAUAUAAUUUAAUUAAAGGAUAUCAUAAUAAUGUUAAGAGUAAUAUGGGCACAGGAUCAUUAGAUUCAUAUUUUCCAUAUGACGAGCAUACCUUUGUAAACCCCUUUUUUCCAAAGAACAAAAUAGAUGAUAUAAUAUAUGUAGAAAGUAAGAGAAGUAUUAGUAGUAAUGAAGAUGUUGUUAAGAAUAAGAAUUAUGAUAAUCUCAUACAUAAUACAAAUAAUAUAGAUAGUGUUAAUAAUAUAUAUUAUUUUGAUAAUUUUUAUCGUGAUAAUCGUUUUAAUUAUGUUAAUGAUUAUACUUUUGUAAGUUGUAAUAUUAAGAAAAAAAAAAAAGGUAAAGACUCAUCUAAUACAAACAACUCCCACAUUUUUGUUACAUAUAAUGAUAUGAAACCUUAUAACAAAAAAAAUAUGAACUUUAUUUUAAAUAACAUACAAGAUUUAGAUAAUAACCAAAAGUCAGCAUUAUAUAUGGAUAAAUAUAAAUAUUAUUCUACUUAUAUAAAAAAAAAAAAAAAAAACAAAGAUGACACAUAUAAUAAUAAUGAUAAUAUGGAUUAUUCUUAUAAUUUCAUGAUGAAUAAUUUUUAUGCCAAUAAUUUUUUUUUUUUUUACAACAAUGAUUAUUACGAGAAUAUGACGAAUAAUGAUAGUAGGUUUGUGAAAAAUGUGGGUGAUAAAAAUAGUAAGAAUGUAAUCAAAUGUGUGCAUCCAUAUAAUAUGAAUAGUAUGAAUAGUAUGAAUAAUAUGAAUAAUAUGAAUAAUACAAAUAGUAUAUGUAAUAUAAAUAAUAAUAGUCGUUGUGGUAGUAAGAGUUUUCCUUAUAAGGAUACACAUGUUGAUAAUAAAAUGAACAUACCCCUUGAGACUUAUGAAAUAUCUUCAGAAAUAUUAGAAAAGAGUAAAAGAAAUAAAAAUUAUUUUGAAGAUCCGUUUAAAUAUUACACUGAUAUUCAUGUAGACGAUUACUCAUACGGAAUGAACAAUCCAUACAAAGCAAAAAAUAAUAAUAAUAAUAAUAAUAGUAAUAAUAACAAUAAUAAUAGUAAUAAUAACAAUAAUAACAAUAAUAAUAAUAGUCAACAUCAUUAUUAUUAUUAUAAUAAUAAUAAUUGUAGUAAUUAUAAUAAUCCUUAUAAUUAUUAUAAUAAUAAUAUAUAUUAUGAUAAUGUUUACAAGAUCCCAUUAUAUAAUAAUUAUACAAAUAAUAUGAUAUACCCCUUUCCAUUUUUAAUAUCUCCACAUUAUGUUCAAGAUUUAAAUUAUUUAUAUCCAUUUAAUUAUCACAAUAAAUAUGCUGAGGAAAAUCCAUUUAAUAAAGAAUAUACAACAAAUCAUGUUAAUAACAAACAAUUUAAUACGCACGUUAAUGAAAUUGACCAUAAAAAACGUUGUUAUAAUAAUAAUAAUAAUAAUUCCUAUUUAGAAUAUAAAAAAAUUAAAAACAAAAGAAAAAAAAAAAAAUUUAAAAAUUAUACCAUUGAGCCGCAGCAACGUACAUGUGUUUAUAAUGAAAAAAAUAUAAACACAGAUAAAAAUGUAAAUAUAAAUAAAAAUAUAAAUGUAAAUAAAAAUAUAAAUGUAAAUAUAAAUAAAAAUAGAAACAUUUUAUAUGAUAUUAUCCAUACAACAGAUAAAAGUAAAAUGUUAAAAAGCAACUUAAGUUGUGAUCAUAAUGUUGAUAAUGUUCAAAAUAAUAAAUUGGAUAGUCAGGAAAAAAAAAACAAAGAUACUGUUGAUGAAUGUGAACAUUGUAUUGCUGAUGUUGUAACAUCGUCAUCUCUUAACAAAAUAAAUUUUAAGGAAUCAUUAAAAAAGCAUAGUAAUAAUAAUGAUGAUAAUAAUAAUAAUAAUAAUAAUGAUGAGGAAAAAAAAAAAAAAUUACUAACUUCAAAUGAAUAUAACCAUAAGGAUAUAAACAAGUUUGUAUAUGAUAUACAAGAAUUAAGUUAUAACAAUAUUAUAUAUGAUAAUAAACAUAUAAAAGAAAAACUUAAAAAGAACCUUUUUAAUAAUAUAGAAAAAAUAAAGAGAAAUCAAAGUGUUGAUAUAAAAUGUUUUAAAACGUGGUUUAAUAAUAUAAAUUAUAAUAAUAGUUUUAAUCAUAUAUUAUAUGAUAAAAAAAGAAAUAGAAGAAGUAUAUCCUUAAAUAUUCCCAAAAGAUCUAAUUUAUUCAAAUUAAGAUCAAAUGUUAUUAAUGAUAAUCAAAUAUUACCAAACAAUAUUUAUAAUAUGUCUAAUAUUUAUUUUUAUGCACAACCUAAUAAUAAGCAUGACUACUUAAAUAAUAAUUAUAAUAAGAAAGAUCUUUUUCUUUUAUUUUACAAGACAGAGAAAAAACUUAUCGAUUUAUUAAAAAUUGUUAAACCUACUAAAGAUAUUAAAUUGAUAAAGCAAAAUAUUUUUUGUUUAUUAUCCAAGUUAAUUAAACAUAUACUAAAUUCUGAAAUAAAUAUAUAUACUGUGGGUUCUACUGCAUAUGGUGUAGAUUCUAAAACGAGCGACUUGGAUAUUGUUAUACAAACGAAUUUAUACAACCCUAAAUAUAUUUUACACAAUAUAUAUAAUUAUAUUAACCAAAUUAAAGAAACCCAUAAUAAUAAGCAAAAUCAUUUACAACAUGGCUUGUUAACAAAAAUUAAUCAUCAUGAGGAAAACGAUUUUUCUUUUUUUAACAAUGUAGAAUUACAACUAGUAGAUUCUGCUAGGGUUCCUAUUUUAACAUUAAAAAAAAAUAAAAUAGUCUGUGAUGUUUCUGUUAAUACAAAUAAUUCAUUGAAGCAUACAGAAUUCUUUUUAAAUAUUUUGACACGUUUUCCAAAUUUAAAAAAUGUAAUGCGCCUCUUGAAAUUUUUUCUAAAAGUCAGAACCUUACCAUCUAUGAAACAAGGAGGCUUACCAACCAUUUUUUGGAUGAUGUUAUGUGUUAAAUAUUGUAGGAUAUCGAGAGAACGUUCUGAAAAAAAUGAAAUAAUCACAGAUAAUUCUUGUGUAAAUAAAAUGAUAAAUAAGGAUACAUCAAUAUUAAAUGAGAAUCAUAGAAAUAUAAAUGAUCAAGAUGUGCUUCUUAUAUCUAAAAAGGAUACUUUAAAAAAUAAAAGCAAUGAAAAGUCUAAUUUCAGGAGACCUAUAAAUACAAAUGAUAAAGCACAAGUUACACAAGAUUUAAGAAAUAAUUAUAAUUCUAUAUUAAAUAAUUGGGACCUUGAGGAUAAUUAUCAAAAGGACAAGUCACAUAGCAAACCAACAAAUAUAGAAAAUGACAAAAUAAAUAAUGACCAUAAUGAUGAUAAGGAUGAACAUUUUAACGUUAAUCAUAUAUGUAAUAGAUUUGUUCUUGAUGAUAAACCUAUACAUGAUUCUAAUAAAUUAGAUAAGUAUAAUUAUCCUUAUGAGGAUAACUCAUCCUUGUGUAUAUCACAUGCAUCCGAUGUAUCACAUAUAUCAAAAAAUUGUGGUUCCUUUUUUGGAAAGGGAAAAAGAUAUUUUUCUAAACACGCACAUAAUACUAAUAAUUCUGACAGCAAUGUAUUUAUUAAUGAAAAAAAAAAUAAAAUGAAUAAGGAUAAUUAUACGAAUAAUACAUGCUCUAAGGAUUCUUUUAAAUUGUCUUAUCAUUUUUUGAACUCUUUGAAAAACGAAAAUUAUGAAAUGAGAGAUAUGAGUAAUUGUAGUUCCUGUGAAAAUAAUCCUGCUGUAUAUAAUGACGAUAUGGAUCCUAAUAUUUUUGAUAACAACUUUUUUGAUGGUAACAUUUUUGAUGGUAAUUUUUUUGAUGAUCAUAAUACAUUACCCAAUUUGAAAAAGAAGAAAUUGGACUAUGAUCAAAAUAAUUUUAAUCAUGAUCAGCAUAGCGAUAUUAAUAGUCAUGUAAGUUUUAAUAACAACCUUAUAAGCAACCCAUCUAUUUAUUUUUCGACAUGCUCGACUUAUUCUUCUAUAAAGCCAGAAAAUGUAGACAAGAAAUAUAUAAAAAAAAAAAAAAACAUUUUAAAGGUUAUACAUAAAAAUAGUGUAGUAGUAUCCAAAUAUAUGAGUCUCAUUAAUAAGAAAAAUAAAGAGAACCAUAAUUUAAUAGGAAAAGAAGAAAAAAUAGAAAAUGAUAACACGCAAGAUAUUAAAGAUAAUGUAUAUAGCUCAUAUUCAAAUGAUAAUAAUAAAUAUGACAAUAAUAAUAAUACAUAUGACAAUAAUAAUAAUAAAUAUGACAAUAAUAAUAAUAAUUUUAAUAUUAAUACGAAUUAUUUAAUGAAUAUAUGUCCAUUGUUUUAUUCAUUUAUGAUAUUUUUUAACCAGUUGAAUUCUCGAAAGAAACUAAUGAAAAUUAUAAAUAUUAUAGAUGAAGAAAAGUGUCUUGAUAAAGAUGAAAACGAAAUAAAUAAGAAAAUCCUAUCAAGUAUUUGUCAUGGAGGUGUGUGGGAUGAAUUAGUAACCUUGUAUGAUCCUAUAUAUAGUUCUAAUUAUGAAUCUUUUAUUAAUAGAAAAAAAAAUGAUUAUAACAAAAUAUAUGAUAAACCUAUCGAAAUGAAUAAAAAUGGUCAGGACAUGCAAUCGAAAGGAAAUUAUACAACAACAAAAAAUAGUACAACUAAUUAUAAUAAUAUACAGAAGAAUGAUUUAAAUAAAAAAUUUGUAGAUGCAACAACGGGAAAUACAUAUAGCGACAGAAUAACAGCACAAAGUUAUAUCCAUGAUAAUAAUGAUGAAAAUAAUAAUAUUCAUAAUUAUAUUGAUGAAAUUGAUGAUAUGGAUAAUGUACAUAAUGUGGUUAAUUCUUGUGGUGUUCAUUUAAAUGACGUCCAUUCUUUUCAAAAGGACCGUGAGGACAACAGCUCUUAUUCUUACAGAAGAAAUGAACAUAUGAGUAAUAAUAUAGAUACAAUAUGUGGAAGUAAAAACCUUUUAUUAAAUCAUAAGGGUACUAAUCAAGAUAACAAUAUUUUUGAAAGAAAUAAAGAGAAUGUGAGUAAUAGUAGUUAUAAUUAUAUAAAUGAAAAUAAUACAUUUUCUGAAAAAAACUUUUCUACAUGUUCAAUAUUAAAAAGAAGAAAUGUGUAUCAUAAUAAAGAUUAUCGUUAUUGUUUUAGUACCUCUCAACAGAAUGAUGGUAAAUAUUUAGAGCAAAAUAAGAGCAAUGUGUUACAUAAUGAUGAUUAUAAUGAUGAUUAUAAUGAUUAUUAUAAUGAUGAGUAUAAUGAUGAUUAUUAUGAUGCUGAUAAUGUUGAUGUGUUUCAUUAUAUAAAUAAAAAUAAGAGUAAUAGUUUCAUUAGUAAUAAUUACCCUUGUGAUAAUACAUAUAAUCAAAAUACAAACUUGAACAAUGAUAAUUGUAAGACUAAAAACAAUAUCAACAUGCCUUUAAAUAUAAAUUAUCCAUAUGGUAUAUCAAAAGAUGAGAUGAUACAUUUUAAAAAUUAUCCUUAUAAUUAUAAUGAUAAAUAUGAUUUUGAUGAAGACAUAUCAUCUUUAAUGAAAAAUCUAAAAACAGAUGAUUAUACAAAUGAUGAUAUAAUAAAUAUAAAAAAAAAAAAAAAAAAAGGAUCCCUUAUAAAUAAUAAAAACAUAACAGAUAUAACGACAUAUACAAAUUCGUCAUCAUCACUAUAUAAUAAAAAUAAUAAUAAUAAAAAUAAUAAUAAUAAUUAUUAUUAUACAAAUACAAAAGAUAACUUUUAUUAUAAUUAUAAUCAAAAUUAUGAUAUUCCUAAAAAGACAUAUGACAACAUUUCAACUUCUUGUGAACCUAAUCAUUAUAUGAAAAAUAGUAGUAAUAACAGUAGUCAUCAUCAUAGUGUUUAUGAAGGAAGAUACACGUUUAAUAAGUUAAAUAAAACAAAUAAAACAAAUAAAUAUAUGUACAAUUCUUUUUUACCCAACAAACAACAAUCAUUUUUUAACAAUAAUUAUAAUAAUAAUUAUAAUAAUAAUAAUUAUCAUUGUGAUUAUUCAAAAUUCGAUUCAGAAGAUUUAAUAUGGAAAUAUUAUAAUAAUCCAAGUAAUAACAGGAAUCAUAUUAAAAAUAUACACAACUUGGAAAAAAAAUAUGAACAUAAUAUAAAUUUGGCUAGUAAAGUUAGUAGUGCAACAUGGUUAAUUUAUUUAUAUGAAUUAAAGAGAGCUAGCUUCUUUAUUAAUUACUAUUUUUAUCAUCUCCAUUUAUUUAUUUAUUUUAAAAAUUAUUUUAUAAACUAUCAAAAAAAUUACAAAUUAUUCCAAAAUAAUAAAUGGAUCAUACUCAAGAGAAACUAUGAAAAACAAAAGAAAAAAGAAAAAUAUUGGGAUAUGAUAAAUAUGAAAGAGCCAGAAAUAAAUGUGCACACAACUUGUAUCUCAAAAAAAUUAAAUGAUAUAAAAGCGAAAAAUGUACUGAAUAAUAAUGAUCAUAUGAAUAAAGAAGACAAACAAAAAAAUGUAAUCGAUCAAGAAAAUAAUAAUAAACAAAAAAGUAAUAAAACUCAUUAUGAUAUAUUCAAGAGAGAUAUGCAUGAAAUCAUAAAAUGUACAGUUCAAAAUUUAAAUUACUGUAUAGAUGCAUUAUUUGAAAAAACUAAAGGAGAUAUUUAUAGCUUACCAUUUAAAAUAGACAAAAAAAAUAAAAAUAAAAAUAAAAAAAUAAAUAAUAAUAAUAACAAUAAUAAUAAUAAUAACAAUAAUAAUAAUAGUAAUAGUAGUAGUUGUAGUAGUUGUAGUAGUAGUAGUAGUAGCUGUUGUUGUUUUAAUAAUACGACAAAUAUUUCCCCACAAUUAAAUAAUAUUCAUUCAUUUUUAAAUAAUAAAAAUUGUAAACAAAAUAAUAUAAACAAAGAUUCUAUGACAAACUCUUAUGGCUUAAUCUUAAUAGAAGGGAAAUUAAUCUUUGUCAAAUUUUUAUAUAUUUGUAUUGAUAAAGAAAAAUUCUGGGAUGAAAGCUUUUUAUGUAGAAGGGAUAUAAGAACCGUAAUACAUGUAAAAGCACUAGAUGUACUUUUUAUCUCCAAAAAUAAAUUAAAAAAAAAAAUAAAAAAAAAUAUAAAAAAAAAAGCAAAGAACGAAAAAGAUAAUAAUUUAAACAACAUAAUAAAUCAAAAUAUAUGUAAUAACGAUAAGAAGGAUAUCUAUUUUGAUAUAGAACAAAAUCUUUGUACAAAUAAUAAAUCUUCACAAGAAUUUUCAUCAAGUAAUACUUCCAACAUAGAUAAUCAAUUUUUAUCAGAUGAUAUUAUAUUUUGUGAACAAAAAAAUAAUUUAUUGAAGGAUUCAAAAUUAACACAUCAACAAACAUAUGAUAUAAAUACAAAUUUACAAAACAACAAAAAUCAUUUUGAAGAAAAAAUUAGUAUGUAUAAUAACACACAUAAAAAAAAUGAUCUUUAUGUAAAUGACGAUAUAAUUAAUUUAUGGAAAUGUAAACAAGAAAAAGAACUAUCCAAUAAUUUUAUUUAUAAUAACAAAAAUAAUUAUAUAGGAAUUCUUAUGGAACAAAAUUCGAAUCAGGAUAUUUUCUUUAAAAAUAAUUCUAAAUUUAUUAUAAAAAAAAAUUAUAUUGAUCAAAAUAAUGAACAUAUGGAUAAUAUGAAAACAUAUCAAAAUGAUCAAACAGAUAUGGAAAAAAAGAAAUAUAGUGACGAAAAUAUCUUUUCAAUAAAUCCAUGUAACUUUGUAACUAAGAUUAAUGUUAAGACUAUUUAUGUAUCAGGAAAACAUAUUCAUGAUGAUUUAAAAGGAACAUUAUUACAAAAAAUAGAUAUAAAAAAAGAAUUUAAAAAUGAUGAUGAAAUGAAUACAUUCUUACAAAAUCAAAAAGAUAUAUAUGAUGAAGAAAUAUACUGCUUAAGAAUUAUUAGUAGAAAUGAAAUAAUGAGAUAUAAAGAAUUAAUAAAAAUUAUGAAAAAAGGUCCAUAUUAUUAUAAAAAUGCAAAAAAUAUAUUAAAUAAUUUAAAUAAUUUUAAUAAUUUUAAUACACCAUUACAACAAACAGUACCUUUAUGCAAUUUUUGUGGUAUAAAAGGAAUGUGUAAUAUCAACACAAAACAUUAUAAAAUGUCAUCAAUACAGGAAGAUGUAAAAAAUAAAUUUUAUACUUUUAUGUAUCAUAUAUUUUAUAAAUAUAAACCAAAGAAUCAAGGGGGAAAUAUUCAUAAUAAUAAUAAUAAUAAUAAUGAAGAUCAUUUAAUAUGUAAUCAUUCAAGCAAAUUCAAACAUAUUAAUAAAGAAAAAAGAAAUAAAGAAUUACCAACAAAUUAUGAGAACAAUAUAUUUAAUCAUACAAUAGUUACAUCAAAGGAUGAUCAACAUUAUUGUUUGAGUGAUACGAAUUAUCGGGACAAUAAUUUAUCUGAUCAAUGUAAAAAUUAUUCCUUUCAUAAUAUAUACAAUUGUGACGAUCAUGAAAACAAAUCAGAAUUAAAAAAUAAUCGAGAGGAUAAAAAUGAUCAUGAUAUGUAUAAUAUUGUUGAAGACAUAAAACAUACACAACGUAAUAAUCAAUAUAAUUAUAAGGAUAUAAAAGUGGAUAAUCAUUAUGAUAAUAUAAUUCAUAUGGAUAAAGAAAAAAACAUAGAAAAAAUAAAUAUCAAAAGUAAUUACACAAAAAAUAAUUCUGAACAAUAUGUAAACAAAAUUGAAAAUUUUAAUGACAAAAAAUGUGAAAGCCAAAAUAAUAUAAUUAAUAAUAAUAAUAAUAUUAAUAAUAUUAAUAAUAAUAUAAAAACUGAAUUAUUACAUCAAAAUGAGAUCAAUAAAAAUUGUAUAAAUAAUAAUAGUACAUUUCCUAUUAAGGACAAACAAAUUAUAAAUAAUAGUAAAGGGAUAAAAAAUAAUAUUUUGUCAGAAUAUUAUAAAAUAAAAAAAAGACAAAAAUCUAUUGAUAAAAUAUCCAAAUUAUAUAAGGAUGAAAUUAAAAAAAAAAAUAAUAAUGAUUUUAUCCCUCAUAACAAAAAAAUCAUGAGAAUUAAUAAUACAAUUAAUUGUUUAGUUGGACAAAGGGCCCAAACGAAUUUUCUAUUUUUAAAAAAAAAUCAUUUAAAUACAACAACAGAAAAUAUAACAACCAAAAUUGUAACAGGUGCACAAAAUAAUAAUUUAAAUAAUGUAAGUCUUAAAAAAAACAAUUCAGGACAGAUGGAAGAAAAUAAUACUAAUGAUAUAUCAUAUGUUCCUACAUUUAGGAAGUUCCAGGAAAGUAAAAAAUAA